AAUUCGCAGUCGAGGCCAUGAGCCAAGGCUAGAUCUGGGGUUCGGUAGUGAUCGGCAUAGAAUGGCACUGCUGGUGUCUGAAAAGUCUGCUGCGUAAAAGCUCGCGAGACAGCUGUUUUCACAGCUGUAGCUCCUUGAUCUCAGUCCACUCGCCUUUGUGUCCAGCUUUUCUCAAACACAUUGUGAUUGUCUAUCGAGAACAUGUCGGCGGAAAGUAACACCACGCCCAUCGGCGCACCAUGUUGGGCCGAGAUCAUGGCCUCUGACCCGCAAAAGCUCAAGGAAUUCUACGCCACCCUCUUCCCAGCGUGGAGGUUCACGACAAUCGCGCCUGAUACUCAUGCUGAGGUUGCGCACUUCAAAUUCGAGCAGCUUUCCCGUCUCUCGGGCGGCAUAGUCAAGCUUCCAGACGGCUGUCCGACGCCCGGCGACCAGCCUACGGGCAUCGGAUUUACCGUGUAUUUCUACGUCGAUUCGAUUAACGAGAUUGACGCUAAGAUCACUGUUCUGGGUGGGACGAAGACACUACCAAAGACGCCAGAGAGCGAGCAUGGAUUCUUUGCUAAUUUCAAAGAUCCGGAGGGCAAUAGGUUUGGGGUUUAUGAGAGGAAGGUGUUGUACUGACUGGAUGGUAUUUUAGCAUGUAUGCGGCUUAGCUCUUUGGGUCCAUGCAGGAUGCUAGGUAUUUGUAGGUGGAACGAUAAGUUGUGACAGACGCUCUGAGCGCGUAAAGCCUGAU